AUGGCCCGACACUCCACCAUCGUCGUCGCCCUCGCUCUUGUCGGCCGAGCUGCAUCACGGUUUGAUGGCUUGGCCGAUACCCCACCAAUGGGUUGGCACCUGCUGCUCAGUACCUCCGAACGGGUCGUCAGCCUCGGCCUUCGUGAUCUUGGCUACAACACGGUCGUGCUCGACGACUGUUGGCAGGAUCCUGCCGGCAGAGAUGCCAAGGGAAAGGUCCAGCCCGAUCUGGCCAAGUUCCCUCGCGGCAUGAAGGCCAUUUCCGACGCCCUGCAUGCCCAAAAUCUCAAAUUCGGCAUGUACUCCAGUGCAGGGGAAUUGACCUGCGCUCGAUUCGCGGGAUCGCUGGAUCACGAGAGAGACGACGCGGAUAGCUUCGCCGCCUGGGGCGUUGACUUUCUCAAGUAUGACAAUUGCUUCCAUAUGGGUCGCAUGGGCACGCCGGAAAUUUCGUUCAACCGCUUCAAGGCCAUGUCUGAUGCCUUGAAGGCGUCGGGCCGCGAUAUCGCCUUGAACCUCUGCAAUUGGGGAGAGGAUUACGUGCACACGUGGGGCGCAUCUCUUGCCCAUGCCUGGCGCAUGUCUGACGAUAUUUACGACUCCUUUACGCGGCCCGAUGACCUGUGCAGCUGCGCCUCGGUUGCCGACCCCUUCUGCGUCGCCCCCGGCACGCAGUGUUCCGUGCUCUUCAUCCUGAACAAGGUUGCGCCCUUUGCCGACCGCGCCAUCCCCGGUGGCUGGAAUGACCUUGACAUGCUCGAGGUAGGACAGGGCGGCAUGACGGACGAGGAGUACAAGGCCCACUUCGCCUUGUGGGCGGCUCUCAAGUCUCCGCUGAUGCUCGGCAACGACCUCCGCAUCAUGGACUCCGCGGCCCUCUCCAUCAUCAACAACCCCGCCAUCAUUGCCUUGAGUCAGGACCCCCACGGCCGCGCUGUCUACCGUGUCCGCCGAGACGUCGGCCCCCCACGCGUCCCCGUCGCAGACGAGUAUGCUGCACAGGAGGCCCACAUAUGGAGCGGCCGACUCGCCAACGGCGACCAGGCCGUCAUUUUCCUCAACGCCGCCGGCGCCGAUCUUGACAUGAAGGCCUCCCUCGCCGAAAUUUUCGUCGGCGAUGGACCGGGCGGGUCGGCGCCCCACGUCCGCGUCGGUUGGUCCGUACACGAUCUAUGGGCACACCGCAUGCCCCUCGAGACGGCCGAAGCUCUCAUCGGGGCCAGUGACGACGGCGUCCGUGCCGAUGUCCUCCGCGCCGGAAAUUGGUACAACGCGACGGAAAUACCGUAUGCCCAGGGACUGGCCAACGAAGACCCGCGGCUGUUCGGCGAGAAGAUUGGUGAGGUACAAGCCGGCGGCGUUCUUGAGGUCAAGGUUUUUCAAACACUCUGCGCGGGUUGUUUCGUCUCAGGCGCAUCGCUGUCGAGGGCGAUGGGUUCAAAUCAAAGGCCCACGCGCGAGAGGACCACGAGGGAAAGGAUGAGCUGUGAUCGAAAGGGUGACUGA